AUGAUAUCGAGGCUUCCGCACACCUACCGAGUGCACUCCUUGCGGGUUCUCUCCCGCAAUCUCCAGACGCAGGCACGAUAUGAGUAUCCCUCGAGCGAUGAACAGGGUGAUGGCUCGUUUCUGCCACGAUCUGGACUAGCGACGCCACGACAGCUUGUGCGAUACCUCGAUGAAUAUGUAAUUGGGCAGGAAAUUGCAAAGAAGGUCCUUUCCGUCGCUGUAUUCAACCACUAUACCCGUGUUCGCGCAAAUCUUGCCGCCUUUGACGAUGAGAGUGGUGCGGACCCAUGGUCCGAAGCAAAUGCGGAUGAUGCACACUCUGGCGUGUCGUCUGCACACUUACAUCCUCACCCCCAGCGUGCCCUCCCACAUCAAUUACCACUCCAACCGCGACAACCAGUCUCGUUAUUUGAGAAGAGCAAUGUACUGGUAAUAGGACCAACAGGCUCAGGGAAGACUUUACUCGCGCGUACCCUUGCACGCGUCCUUGACGUUCCAUUUUCCGUCAGUGACGCGACAUCUUUCACGCAGGCUGGCUAUGUCGGGGAGGAUGUUGAUAUGUGCAUACAACGAUUGCUGCAAGCAGCCAAUUGGGAUUCGUAUCGCGCCAGCACAGGCAUAGUCUACAUUGACGAAGUCGAUAAGAUUGCACGUAAAUCUUCAUCUACGACUGAGAGCUCACGAGAUGUCGGUGGAGAGGGAGUGCAGCAAGCUCUUUUACGAAUGAUGGAGGGUUCUGUUGUCACUGUGCAAGGAAAGCCAUCGUCACUAGAACCCCCAGCACCUACGGCACGAGGGCGGGGCUCACCAGCUACUGCACAGCAGAGACCUGAUACCUAUCAUAUUGAUACUUCAAAUGUGCUCUUUAUCCUUAGCGGUGCGUUCGUGGGGCUUGAUACCGUCGUGAAGCGGCGGGUGAGCAAAGGUUCCAUUGGUUUUACUGCAAACCUCGCACCGAAAGAGGAAGACUCCGACAGCAAGGGUUUCUUGCCGUUCUUUACGUCGAACCGCCGAUCAUCAGAAAACUUACUAGAGAUGAUUGAACCUGCUGAUCUGGUGAAAUACGGCUUUAUUCCUGAAUUUAUCUCUCGCCUCCCAACCUUAACUACACUAUCCCCGCUCAGCACCCAGGAUUUACGCCGCAUUCUGACCGACGUCCGUGGGUCACUUAUUAGCCAGUACACCGCACUGUUUGGUCUCUCGGGCGUGGAGAUUCGGUUUACAACAGCAUCUAUUGAUCAAAUUUGUUCGCGAGCUGUCGAACGAGGCGGAGGGGCGAGAGGGUUGAGGGGAAUCAUGGAGUCAUUGCUGUUAGAUGCGAUGUACGAAGUCCCUGGAUCGAAUGUCCGUUAUGUCCUGAUAACGGGAGACAUGGUGCUAGGCAAGUCACCAGCUCUUUAUUGGAUGCGUGGGGAUGGUCCCGCGUUUUGGGCGGCCUGGGCGGAUGAGGAGCAGCGAACAGAAAGGCGUCAGUUGUAG